AUGAAAAUCUGUCGUCGAUGUCGUUAUAUUUCUAAUAUAUAUCUCAAAUUUCUUCUGAUCAUAUUGAGUUUAUGUCUUAUAUUAAAUCUAGUCAGCAAAGGUGGAUUCAAUACAGAAAUUUUCCAUGUGGAAUCGGCAGUUAAUUCAGCAAUAAUAGUGCUCGAUAAGAAUUAUUCCAAUAAAACAUUUAUAUCCUGUCAAUAUCCCAAAUUAACCAUCGAUAAUCCUCAAAUCUUAAAAUAUCUGAAGCCUGUUAAAGAAUCUCGACCGGAAUGUGACGAUGAAGUCAAUUGGAUUUACACGAAAAAUAGUACAUUUUAUAUUCGCGACGAGGCGAUCAAAGUUCAUGGAGAACGAAUCUUUCCAUUUGAGAGCCAUCGAUCGUUGGUAUCGGACUUUUUUCAUGUGGAUUGUCAAGCUCAAGAUGGAUCGAAAUAUGAGAAUUAUCAUAUGGGGAUAAAAUACAAUUCAUCAUUGCUGAUAAAGAAUUUCGAAUCUCCGAUGAAAUCAACGAGCUUGGAUUAUAAUGUUCUCAUGUUUGGUUUUGAUUCGACAUCUCGAAUGACUUUUAUGAGAUUUUUACCGAAAACCUACUCGUUUCUGGUCAAUGAACUCGGUGCGAUCGUGAUGAAAGGAUAUAACAUCGUUGGCGACGGAACACCAGCUGCGCUCUUUCCUAUCCUCACAGGACAAACAGAACGGGAACUACCGGAAUCGAGAAGAGGAUAUCCCAACGCCACAACAGUCGAUGAUUUUCCUUGGAUUUGGAAUGAUUUUAAAAGUAAAUCGAUGAUAGAAGCUCAAAAUCAUU